AUGGCCCACUACCGAGAGAAUCGUGAAGUCUUGCAGAGAAAAGGAGAGCAAUCGCUGGCGUUCGAGAUGAUGCGCAGCAAGGCUGAACCCGAUCAGUUUGCGGAUUGGCUCCAGGGCCCUCUGCACCUCGCUUGCGACUCCGGCAACUCGGACCUCGUGGACAAGCUGCUGGAGGCCGGGGCCGGCAUCGCCGCGGGCGGGAUAGGGGAGGACGGGCGCACCCUGCUCCACGCGGCGGCGGCGAGCGGCAACGAGCGCGUCGUUUCGGCGUUGCUCCGGACUCCGGCCCGGGCUGACAUCAACAUCAAGUCCGCCUCGCACGCUCAUUGGCGGUACAGAGGUACGCCGUUGCAGGUGGCCGUGCGUGGCGGGCACGAGUCCGUCGCGAGGACGCUCAUCGCGGCGGGGGCCGAUCUGGCCCUCGCCCUCACCAUGGCGGUCAGGAGGGGGCAGGAGCGGAUCGCGUAUGACCUUCUCCUGGCCGGGGCCGAUCCCAACGAGGUGGACAACGAGAACGGGGGCGGCGACGGCGCGACGCCCCUGGCCCUCGCUGCCGAGCAAGGCUUCGAGCAGCUGGUGCGGGCGCUGUUGCACAAGGGAGCAACAGAGCCGCCGCCUCGAGCAACCCGUGUUCGUACCGCCGGCGCCGUGCUCCAAUCCGCGAAAAGCAGGGGCCCUGCUGCUGCCGUAAAUCCCAACGGCAAGAGCAGCAUUUCGAGGAGUCGUCCUACUAGGCAAGCAGCAGCAGCAGCAGCAGCAGACGAAGAAAAGAAGGAGGAGUUGAUGAUGCCCGAGAAGAAUAUGAUUCUUAUGCAGCAGCGGCAGCAGGAGCGACGCCGCCUGCAGACCCAGAGCCACAAGCUGCGGAAGGAGAAGAAGGCGGCGGCGGCCGCCACGGCCCUCCCGCCGCUCCCGCCCACCGUGUCCAAGACCGCGUCCCCACGGAGAGCGACGCUCCCUCUGAGCGCGAGCAGCCCAUCUCCAGUUGCCUCCCGGAGUGUUGUACGGCCGCCAGCCUUGCGGACGCCUACGCCGCCAAGAAUCUCAGCCGAGGAAAGAGACAAGAAGGCCGUAUCGGCGGCCGCUAUCGCGUGGACGAACGCUGUGACCAGUGGCGCCCGAGAUGCUCCCAGGAGGACGGCGGCUCUCUACGCCGAGGACGGGUCUCUGUGGGAAACGGUCUCGGAGGAGGUCUGCAAUACCCCGCAGCAGAUCACCGCCUACUUCGAGCGCUUCGCUCGGCUGCCCCAGCUGAGGAUGGUGGAGUACACGCCCGUGGCGGCCCGCGUGUACGGCGAGUUCGCCGUCCUGGCCGGCACCUACACCUUCGCCUGGCGGGGGGAGGACGGGGGCCCCGUGGAGAAGCGGGCGCGCUUCAGCUUCACGUUCCGGAGGGACAGGACCCGCGGAGCCCCCCGACCCUGGCUGAUCGUGGAGCACCACUCUUCUUCGAUGCCUACCGCGCCUGAAGCAGCAGCAGCAGCAGCAGCUUCAGCAACUGCUGCUGGACCACCCGAGCCUGUCGAUCCGACCCCGCCCCGAACGAAGGCGGCCAAGAUCGGGAACGACCCCAAUGCCGACCAGCGAGCGGUGGCGGCAGCCACGGUGAUGUGGACUCGUGCGGUGGCUUUGGGCACCGACGAAGCUCCCCGCAAGACCGCGGCCCUGUACGCCAAGGAUGCCACCCUGUGGGGUUCAGUUUCGGAUGCCAUCCGCGAUACCCCCGACCUCAUCUACAAGUACUUCGACAAGUUUUCCCGGCUCCCCGAGCUCCGGUUGGUGGACUUCGCCCCGGUGACGGUGAGGGUGUACGGCGACUUUGCCGUCCAAGCCGGCACCUACACGUUCUCCUGGCGGGGGGAGGGCGGGGCCUCCGUGGAGAGGCAGGCGCGCUUCACGUUCACAUUCCGGCGGGACGGGAACCCCGGCAAUCCUUACGGCUGGUCGAUCGUGGAGCACCACGCGGUCCCCGUGGGUCUCUCGCGGGUUUCGUCGGGGGUGGACCUCGCCGACCUAAGUAAGAGCCUGGCGGACGUGCGAUCGGCGACGGCAACGGCUCCGCCGUCCACCACUACCUAUUCCGCCGCCUCUGUGUGCGACGAAGAUGCCAUUGAAUUCGACGAGACCGGCAGCAUGGCCGGAGAGAGCGAUGGUGACACCGAUGCCGACCUGGGGGACAUGCCAUCCCCGGCGACGGCUGCUAGAGCAGCACCGAAGGCACCGAAGACGACAAGGCGGCGAGGGCUCCUCGUGUCGUCGGCAUCGAUCCUGGCCACGAUCCUGACAGACCCGCCCUCGUCGAGCUCGAUACUGGCGACGGUGAUGACGAUCCCGCCGGCCACAUGCGCGGCCAUCUGCGUCGGCGGCUUGGCCGGCGCCCUCCUUGGACUUUCCACGGUAGCAUUCUUGAUGGGCUCCGGGACUUCGUCGUCCGACCUCGAGGCGGCGCCGCCGGUCGCCAGCGCUGCGGUGAACGCGCUGCGGUUCCUCGGCCGCAUGGCAAGCGUGUGAAUGUGUAGUGCCAUGUUUGUUCGCCCGGGGAGGGGGGCGAUUACGUAAGAAACCCCGGUGCCGCUGGCAACAUCCGGUGCUAAAUGCCCGGGGGAGGGGGGCUUUUCAUACAUGUAAUCGAAGGGGGCUUGAGUACCACCUGGCCGGUUCAUCAACAGCAGCAGUAGUGUUUGCGGUCAAGGCCGAAAUUUUGUGGUGGGCGGAGUGAGUUUAAGGAGGGGGUUU